AUCCAUCCCCGCGACGUGCCCACGCCAGCCUCCAAUCUGCACUUCACUUCCACCAAACGCCAGAAAUGUCCACUCCCUCCGCCUCCAAUGCGACCACCCCCAUAACCCCAGCCACCCUGACAUCCUCCAUAACGACCAAACUCUCCGCCUCCUUCGUCCACUUGAAAGACACGUCUGGCGGCUGCGGUCAAAUGUUUGAAGCAAUCAUAGUGUCCUCCCCCCAUACCCCCUCCCACCUUCCGCUUGCUGCCGCGCUGAUGGAGAAUUAUCAAGGUCACCCGUGUUCAAGGGCAAGACUACCCUAAUGCGACAUCGGGCGGCGAACGCGGCGCUGAAGGAGGAGAUCGCCGCGGUGCAUGCCUGGUCGCAGAAAUGCUUUACGGAGGAGGAAUGGGAGGAGAAGAAGGGGGAGUUUAUUCUUGAUUGAUGGAGGGUAACGGGGGUGUACGAUGAGGACUCCGUUUGCUAUUGGAGGAAGAGAGGAAAGAGUGAGAAGAGUGGGGGAGAAGAGAUGACACCCAUUAAUCGAUUCCAUCUACAAAUAAAAUACUAUGCCAU